AUGAUCAGUCAAUUCUCUACACCACCAAGAUUUGAGAGAAAUAAAUUACGUGAUCCAGUCAGACAAGCCCAUGUUUACAGAGGUCGGGAAGCAAAAAUUGACGGUAAUGUGAAUAAGUUAUCAAUAUCGACUUUGAAUCGUAAAGAAGUUAGAAGAAAAGCUACAAGAACAGAUGCAAUGCAGCGUCAAGGCUUGAGAAAAACAGCAGAAAAAAACGUACAGGCAACAACUAACAAUGCUUUCAUAGAAUUUGAUAUGCGAAGAGCCUUUGUCCCAAAAUUGGUUGUAUCUAAACAAGGAAAAUCCAUCACCGAGACAAUUGAAAACACUCAUUCAGGAGAUAAGUCCAUAGAUUUAAACAAAGCUGUGUUUAAUGAAAAGAGUAUUGAAUCAGGUUCAGAAACUGUAAAUAUCGACAAAAAAGUUUUAGAUAGAAUCCAACAGCUGGAAAAAGAUUUAAUAGUGAUGAAAGAUCGAGUUAAAAACGAUACCGAAACGAUUGAUGAUUUAAAAACUAAAGUAUUACAGAAGGAUAAAGAACUCACUGAAUUUAGUUUCAACAAUCAAUCACUGGCGGACAAUAAAAUAGCCAUCAAAAAUCAAGAAACAAUAGCUCCUAAAGAAGAUUUCAGCUCAAUAACACCAAUAAGUAUUGAAAUUCAAAGAACUGAACCCAAGAGAGUUCAAAAAGCAGGCAGAAAACAAUUCGGCGCCGACCCUCAAACAAAAGAUAUGGAAAUUUACGCCUUUGAAAAUGAUAACGCUCAACCGAUGAAUAAACCUGAUAAAGACAAUCCAACAUAUCCUAUGGAAGAAAACCCUGAUUAUGAUCAGUUGGACGUAGAUGAUAGAAAUAAUAAAGAAGAAUAUGGUCAAGGAGACCCUGGAGAUCUCGUAUUUGGUAUUAAUGAAAAAGAUAAUUUCAUGAAUUACGAUGAAUAUAAAAAGAAACUACACGAAGAACGAAUAGCAGAUGGCAUUGAUUGGAAAAAAUUUAAUCCUCAAUCAUUUUUAUCACAAAUAAGUUCUGAAAUUAAGGCGCGAUCGAGACCUCCAUUUGAGUAUCAAGAAUUGCCACCAUUAGUUCCAAAAAGUGGCAGAAGAAUGAUACCCGACAGUGCACUGAACUUAACAAAAGCAAACUCUUUAUCACCAUUGAAUACUCGUAUGUACGGCGAAAGUAAACGUACACCAAAUAAAAUAACGCCAUUGUAUGCCCCAGUACCACCGAAACAUAGAAAAUUAAUUUUAACCACAGUUUUACCAGAACCCACCAAACUUUUGCCAUCAAAUUUUGAUGUAUUUAAAACCAACAACGACGCCUAUCCAACUUAUCGUUUUAUACCUAAAAAUAGAAGACAAAACUUAGUACCACAAGCAGGUAAACAAAAAAUAAUUUUAGAUAGCACUGAGCUUCUGAUAAGAAGUUUUCUAGGGAGAAUGAAUAAAGGGAGACCUCAAGCACAGAAACCUUAUGAUUUUGAAGUUAUAAAACAGAAGAUGAAUAGGGAGGGAGUUAAGAGGCGUCAGAUGAUACACGAAAGAGUAGCACGUCGUAUGAAUCAAAAGACUUCUGGGAGAAGAAACAUGAAUUCAGACGAAGUUGUUUAUGAUUCACAGGAGCUUUUCAAAGAUCCGUUUUUAAACGAUUCUUUAAUAUAA